AUAAUGACUGAUAAUGAGGGACGGAGGCUGCUCGAGAAUGAGGAUCAGAGGCUUCUCGAGGAUGUGGAGCACCCCCUGGAGAACCUGGACAUGGAUCUCCUUCUAGAGAACAGGCUGGGGGAGUUCGGCAGAUAUCAGCGAACCAUCUACUUUCUAGUCUGCCUUCCAGCUGCAUUAACAGCUGCUAUCACAAUGGGAAGCGUUUUUAAUGAACUUGUUCCUCCUCAUAGGUGUCAGGUUCCUGUUUGUGAUAGUGGUGUAAUCCCUCACUACGCUGACGCAAAUCUACUUGGUUACGCAAACUUUACGCUUCCCCAGACUAAGGACGGAUGGGAUGAAUGCAAUAUGUAUCAAGAAAUCUCCAAUAAAAGUUGUAGUUCUGGAUCCUUCUCCACCAAUCUCACUCAACCAUGCUCCAGAUUUCUUUACGCUAAAGAUACAAUGGAAUCUACUGUUGUCACAGAUUUUAACCUUGUCUGUACUCAAUCAUGGAAGGCUCCUCUGAGCAACUCCAUUUUCUUCAGUGGUGUUCUGGUCGGCGCGCUAGUGUACGGUGAACUUGGCGACAUCUUUGGCAGGAAGAAUGUGUUUAUGUUGUGUAUCCUGCAGUGUUCCCUGGGGGGGAUCCUCUCCAUCUUCUCCACAGACUUCACCACCUUCUCCACACUGCAGUUCUUCACAGCUAUGGGACAGGUUGGACUUUUCCAAUGCUCCUUCGUUCUUGGUAUAGAGUUGGUUGGGAGAAAUAAACGUGUAUUCUGUGGAAUUAUAAUCGAGUUCUUUUUUGUGUUUGGUGAGCUCAUUCUGGCCCUUGCCGCAUGGAUACUCAGGGAUUGGAAGAAGAUUGUUCUUUCUUAUUCAGUUCCUGGUCUUCUCUUCUUCAGCUAUUAUUUCUUCCUUCCCAGAUCAAUUAGGUGGUUGAUCUCAAAGAGAAGGUUCAAGGAGGCUGAGCUUGAGCUGCAACGCAUUGCCAAAUGGAAUGGGGUUGAGCCGCUGAAAUCAGAAAAUUUUAUCAAAUUCAGAAAACCAGAACCUCAGGAGGAGGUGAAUGAAGAACACGAGGGACUAUUAUCCCUGCUACGCCGACCUAAACUAACUGGUCGUCUUCUAACAAUAUUUUUCUGUUGGACAGUGACAACUCUGGUCUACUAUGGGUUGUCAUUCAGUGCAGCAAGCCUAGCUGGAGAUGCCUACCUUGAUUUUACCCUGCUUGCCUUGGCUGAGUUCCCAGGGUAUACGCUCUCCUACCUCGGCAUGCAGUACUGGGGCAGAAAGUAUACACUGUCAUGUUCUCUGCUCGUUGCUGGAGUAUCCUGUCUAGCAUCAAGUAUUCUUCCUGCUUCAUGGCCACCUUAUAUACAAACCAUAUUCUUCCUAUUAGGAAAAUUGGGAGCCACAGCAUCAUUUGGAACUGCCUACCUAUACACUAGUGAAUUGUUCCCUACUCCUGUUAGGAACCUUUGUGUAGGGCUCAGCUCAAUGACCGGAAGAAUUGGAGCAAUAACAUCGCCGUAUAUCCUCGAUCUGGGAGAGAUGACAGGAGUCAGCUGGGCUCCCAUGGGAGUCUUUGCAGCUGGAGCUAUAACUAGUAAAUUAUUAGUGGGUUGUCUAUUCUAUUUCUACCAGAAACUAAGGGUAAAGAGUUGCCGAGUACAUUGGCUGAAGCGGAAGAAUUAAAUUCAUUUACAGUAUUAGAUUCUCAAAGUACAUCAUUGCAGAGUUCAACAGAGGAUAAUUCACCUACUGAAUAGUACAAGAAGGAAACGCGGUACUGCAAAUAGCUAGCUGUACAGUGUACACGACGGUACAAGUUUAAUUUCGUAGAUCCGUCCACAUUUUUUGCAAUGAAUUUACUCUUAUUGGAAUUAUUUUUGAUAAUACUGAACAAAGGAAUUGAGUCUGUGCCAUAAACUUUGAUUUUAUAAAAACUUUUUUCAAUCCAAAGUCGUAGACCUUGAUUGAGAUAUUUCUUCUUGGAUUAAAAAAUCUAUGUUUACACCAUCAGGUUGCAGAGAUAUGGGGAUUAUAAAUUUUGAUUUCGUCGCAAAGACUCAAUUUACCUGACCUAUGUAAUUAGUGACUUUUACCAGAUCUGAGCAUUUUAUCUUGGUAUUUUUGUUUUUAUGAUUGCAUUUAUUGUUAAUGCAAUAUUUUGGAUAAACUCACACAAGUAAUUCAUGCAGUAUUUUUUUUGUGAUGAAUGAUAUUUUGAUAAUACUUUGAUUCAUUAAAACCUAAAUGAACUAGCUUAGUUUGUU